UCCAGCUAACAAAUUCGCUUUUCAAAUUCAGACGUCAUUAAUUUUGCUUCGAAUAUACAGUGACAGCAGUAACCUUCACUCUCCCCACUUGCUUGCUAUCUUCUCUCCGCAGAUCAGAUCUGAUCCCUCACAACACAGACCUGUAGUUGAGGAGUUGAAUUCCCAUCUUCACAAAGUAAAUGGGUCGUGGAGUCAGCAGUGGUGGAGGGCAGAGUUCUCUGGGCUACCUUUUUGGAAGCGGGGAAGCUCCUGCUCCGAAACCUGCCACGAACAAUGUGCAGGCACCUGUUGAGAAGCCAGCCCCAGUUACGCGUGUGACACCAGAGAAGCAGCCUUCUGCGGCACCAUCUGGUGAUGGUCUAAAGCAGAUUCCUGCUGGUAUCCAUGGAAACCAGAAGAAUAACUAUCACCGUGCUGAUGGCCAGAACACUGGGAACUUCCUCACGGAUCGACCUUCGACUAAAGUCCAUGCUGCUCCAGGUGGUGGGUCUUCCCUGGGAUACCUUUUCGGAGGUGGGAGCAACUAGUGGCUUUGGCACAUCAAAUUCAACAAUGAGAUCGCCGUCUACUCUGUCUAGGCCACAUUCAAAAUGUGGUCUAACAAUAUGUUCAUCUCUUGAGACACUGUGAAUUAGAGUAUGGUUUACAUUUCUUGUGUCGUAAAUUCGUAAUGCAUUUAUUGCUGAAGUCACAUACCUUAGAUGAAGUUUGAGCUGUUGUUGAAGCUAUGUCCAAUAGUUUUGUGAUGUCCCUACUAUCAAUCAGUAUCAGCUAUGGUGAUAGAUCAUUUGUGGUUGUUAAUAGCACUCUCAUUUUGUUUGGUUUA